CCCAAAGCGAACUAACGCGAAGGGCGCGCGGGUGGGCCUCCUGAAGAGGCUUUUGGACGCAGUACCGCUGCUGCGCCACAUCUCGUAGCUGCCCUUCCCGCGCGCGGGGCGUGACGAACAGAGGCUUAUUGGCCUGUGGCGCGCGAGAUCCGUGCGCGCGAUGUCGCCACGCGCCGAGCCGGCUGGGUGCUGAGAGGAACUGUGUUUUGCUACCAUUAAUCGCAGGAUGCAUGCACUAUGAACGGUCUAUUGGCAAUCUAUUUACACAUAUUUGUGCGGUUAUUGCGGCGGUUGCUGAUAUCGAGUUUGUCUGUUUUGAUUGCCGCAGGCGCAGCCGUCGUCGUGGCUUUGCCUCGAAAUUGACGGCGCGCGCUUCACAUCCUAACAGCCAUGAAGAGACUACCAUUUCAUGUCCUGAUUUUGAUGUGUUAUUUUAUUCCUAUUUAGACAAUUUCUCGCGCGCUUUUCUUUAUGUCCAUGUCCAUGUCCAUGACCAUGUUCUCUGGUCACGGGCACGCGCGGCUCACGCGUUGCAGAUGUUCCCGAAUUGUCCCCGGUUAAAGUCCGCGAGCGCGACCGCUGCCAUGGGAGAAGCGCUAUCAUCAAAUACGUCCUCGAUGCAGUUAGGGCGAGAGUGCUUUUUGUGCGGUGCACGCGGUGCACGUCGUAUCUGGAUGUUGUCAGAAGAGUCCUUUUAUUUGCGCAUUGCAGAUGUAGAACUGCAAACUCAGAGAGAUUACUGGAGCAAGGAUACGGAGGGAAGUACGGGAAUAAGGAGAGCGAGCUCCCGUCGCUAGGUACUUCCCGCAACGAUAUGGAACUAAAGCACCAAACAAACACGCCAAAUGCUUAUUUUUCAUCUUAGACUUGACAGGACUCCCGCGUAUAUUUGCCUUUGCGCGAUCUGCUCGAUGCCAUAGUUAUUGCGCGGGUGACUC